AUGGAUGGACUGUUGAUUAACACGGAAGACAUCUACACGGAAGCUACUUCCAAAGUUUUGAAGCAGUUCGGCAAACCACCUUUGACAUGGGACGUUAAAAUUGAAAUGCAAGGUUUGCCGGGACAAGCUGCAGCUGAGAAAUUGAUCGAGAGUUACGAACUGCCUAUUACAUGGGAGGAGGUCGAACGGUUGAAUGCUAACUUCCAGAGGCAGCUAUGGCAUAAAACUGCCUUUCUACCCGGUGCAGCGGAACUUGUACGUCAUUUAAAAGAUAAUGGUAUCCCCAUAGCGUUAUGCACUAGCUCUGGACGGGAAAAGUUUGACAUGAAGACUGCUCAUUUAAAGCAUACCUUUGAUUUGUUUGAUGUGAUAGUUACCGGUGAUGAUAGUAGAAUUCCCAAAGGGAGGGGAAAGCCAUUCCCUGAUAUUUGGCAGCUAGGCCUCAAAUUAAUAAACGAAAAGCUUGAGACUCAAAUAAAGCCGGAAGAGUGUCUUGUUUUCGAAGAUGGAAUACCAGGACUUCAAGGAGGAAAGGCAUUUGGUGCUUACAAUAUCUGGGUGCCACAUCCCGAAGCUUAUGCAGUUUUGGGCGAUACUGAAGCAAUAUUAGAGGGUAAAGGAGAGCUCCUAAAGUCGUUAAAUGAUUUGGAUAAGUUGAAGUUUGGGAUAUAA